AUGGCCGAACCCGCAAGUGUCAUGGCUGGACGUGCUAGACAGCGUAUGCAGGAGAACGAAGAGGACAAAAUUACCCGUAAAGCUGGAGACUUCAAAGCAUUCGAAGCCGACAUGCCUAAACUCGCAAACCGAUUCUCCUUCUCUUUGAAGGACAACCUUUCUUCUUACCUGGGGCGCAACAAUCCAUUCUACGAGAACGUGAACCCAAAGACCGACUAUGUAUGGCUGCUCGACACCACCGCCUACCAAAACCGAAUCGGACGCUGGAAAACCGAGGUCGUUGCAGCGUACUUUCUGAAGGACAGCGGCAAGGACCUCUCAGAAGUUGUCGGAUGGGUCAGUGAGAAGCUCGGUGUAGCAGACGACGAAGACAAGAAAGGCACCAUCGCAAAGCGCCUUCAGCCACUUCUCGAUGCCAUCCUCCCCGCGCAUGCCGUGGAGAUUGAUCUCCAAGGCGUGAACGUCCGUCUCGGACCCUCUGGACGCGAUGGCAUCAGCUCCGAUGAGAUCGCCAUUCCCGGAAGCGGCUACAAAGACGGCCAGAUCAUCACCAGCAAAGCCAUCAACGCCGACGCCACAGCCUUCAACGUAACCUUUGCUGAACCCAAAGGCUGGGCCGUCCUCAGCGACAUCGACGACACCAUCAAGAAGACACUGACCUCAUCCCCAAUUGGCAUCUUGGAAACCACCUUCGCAGACGAACCCGAGCCCAUCGCCGGCAUGCCCGAACUCUACAAGCACAUCGUCCAGAAACUGAAUAACCCGCCGUUCUGGUACCUCUCCGCCAGUCCUUACAAUCUCUACCCUUUCCUCCGCGAGUUCCGCGAGCAAUACUACCCCUCCGGCACCAUGAUCCUGCGCGACGCCAGCUGGAUGAACCUCGCCGGUUUCCUUGCCAACCUCACCCAAGGCACUGAAGCGUACAAGGUCGACCGCAUCGAGAAAGUGAACAAGUGGUUUCCGAAGCGCAAGUUCAUCCUGAUUGGCGACUCGACGCAGUCAGAUCCCGAGGCGUAUGGCGAGGCGUACAGGAAGCAUGGGAAGUGGAUUGGCGCGAUUUACAUUCGCAAAGUCAUGGGUGUCGAGGGCAUGGAUGAGGAGAAGAAGAAUGCGCCGGAGAGGUUUGAGAAGGCGUUCAAGGGCGUGCCGAAGGAGGUGUGGUAUGUUUUUGAGGACCCGAAGGAGUUGUAUGCCAAGGUGGACGCGCUUGUGCAGACAAAACACACCUUCCAAAUCCACCGCGACCACCAAGAAGUGUUCUCCGCUGAUAUGGGGCAACAGAAAGAGCACAAGGCGUCAGUCCCGGUCCCACUUUACGUCCUCCUGUUCAUCGUCAUCGGCCUCUGCGCAUGGUCAUUCUGGAUCGGCACCGUAUGCGUGCGCCUCUGGUUCUACAAAGGCGCCCUGGGCCCAGUGCCAGAGAAGUUCAUCAUCAUACCGCAUCACCGCAAGGAGAAAGAGCCGGCGCAGGCGCAGUCACUGCCUCCUCCUACUAUCAAAAAUGGCCGCAACACCGUCUUUCCCACUGUCGCCCACCUCAACUGUAAUACCGUCUUCCCCGCCGUCGCUCACCUCGCCACAAAACCAACAAACCCCUUCUCUGACGACCACGCGGUGCCAGAUGCGUCAGAAGAGUGGCGCACAAUCCCCAAGAUCACUAUCGAAGACUCAGACGAGCCAUUUGACAACGCGAUCGCACAAGAAUACGCGGACCCAGCCCGCGUCCGCAAAUUCCUCGCUGAAGAACGCCGUAUCUCGCGCCUCCCAACUUUCGACCAGGACGACUGCGGCGACGGCUCCGAGUUUCCUGAAGUCCCAUAUGCCAUCGCGCCUGUGGAGCCUUGGGCGGCGUUGACUUAUCGCCAGCUCGGACUGCAAAAAGUCAAUAACACGAGCGCAUGGCUGACGAUUAAUAACUCGUACAUUGAACACCACGAAGCGCGCAUGUCGCUGCUCGAACGCAAGCAGGCUGAUUGCGUACAAGUGCGGCACGAUGGCGAAGCUGCGUGUGAAGAGCUGGCGGAUCUGGUGGUGCAGCAUCUAUGCAAGGCUCAUCCGGAUCACUUUACUGCGAAGCUGAAGGAUCUCCCAGACAUUCUCAACCUCCCCUACACCCCCACGACCCUAUACACCCGCCACACAACCUUCAUCCAAACCCUCUCCCUGACCACCCCGCUCACAUCAACUUUGCACAUCCCGCGCCCCGCAGACUUCUUCUCCGGCGGCGUGCAGCACCUCGUCCCGCAAAAUCUUUACAUACGCCGCGAGUAUCAGUCGUUUCGGCAGCUGGCCAAGUCCGGCGCGGUGGUCAUGACGUCGCGCACGGAAUUGACUAGAUUGACGGAUGUGGCGGGGCGGAGGGAGAAGGACGAUUUGAUGGCGGAGAUUCGCGGCUGGGGAGAGGAUGAGGCGGGGUUCAAGGGGAGGGAUUUGUGGAGUAGGGCGGUGGGGAGUUGGUGUGAGGGCGGUAGUGCAUUCAGGGAUGAUGUUACUGUCAUCACGGGGGUGGAAGAGUAG